AACGCUGCUUCAUUUGUUGGAGGCUUGGAGCCGAGAGGAAGGAGACGGAAAACAGAGUGGAGUUGAAAUUCCAAAAUGGUGAAGUUCCUCAAGCCUAACAAAGCCGUCAUCAUCCUUCAAGGCCGUUACGCUGGCCGGAAGGCGGUCAUCAUUCGUGCCUUUGACGACGGAACUCGGGAUCGGGCUUAUGGCCACUGCUUAGUCGCCGGAAUCAAGAAGUACCCGGCCAAGGUCAUCCGCAAGGACUCUGCCAAGAAGACUGCUAAGAAAUCCCGAGUCAAGGCCUUCAUCAAGCUCGUCAAUUACAGGCACCUGAUGCCGACCAGGUACACUCUCGAUGUCGAUCUUAAAGAUGUUGUCACUAUUGAUUCAUUGCUAUCCAAGGACAAGAAGGUAACCGCCGCCAAGGAGACCAAGAAGAGAUUCGAGGAAAGGUUCAAAACCGGAAAGAACAGGUGGUUUUUCACCAAGCUUAGGUUCUGAAGUGGCUCGUUCAGUUAUUGGAUUAUGGAUUACUCUCGUAUUAGGUUACUGAACAACUUCAUUUUUUUUGUUUUCGAGUUAUCGUACGCUAUAUUUCGAAUGUAGUUUGUUUUGGUGUUUAAAUUUUGUCUGGACGUACUCUAAUCGCUUGGAUGAGAAUUUUCUGUGGUUAUAAUGCUACAUUUGAGACUUGCACUUAUUUAUCUUCAUAUAUUUUUCUCC